UUGGAGGCAAAGAGAAUGUGAACAAGGUCUAGGCAACCCCGGUGCAGCAAAUCACUAGUUGAAAACUCCUCGCAAGUGGAGUUAGCUCAGACAUUCCAAAGUCCUGACACAGCCCAGGGAACUCUGCUUCGCAGCUUAUCUGAGGUUAGCCUGGUAUUUCACAUGCUGAAUCUGCCACUGAACUUUCACUCACUGGAGUACAAUGGCUGCAGCUGAGUCUGCACACAACCGUCUGUACCCGAGCAGAGCAGUCACCGCUGGAGAGAGGCGCAACAAGCCUGUGUGAAACGGGUUACAGCUGGAAGUGAAACGAGAUAUGAAUUUGAAGACUGCAUGAGGAAAAAUAAUUGUCUUUAACUGCAAAGGCAAAAAACAAAAUUGCUUUUCACUAAACGAUUUGUAAUAUCCAUCAUGAAGGAAGCAGCAUGAAUUUCUAAGCCUGUAAAAUGGCUGAUUUCUCCCAGCUAAUGUGGAAGAUACAGACCAGAAUGUCAUACAAUGCUUGAGAGUCCAGCUGCUCACUGUUUGAACCAUCAUGGGUUUUAGCAACUGGUAAAGUUUCGCUGACUUUGAAACUCACACUAAAGGGAUAGGCUCAACCUUUAUUGAUGUAAGGCUUCAGCAGGGAAAUCUUCAGAACCGCCACUGUAUACUCCAUGCUAUGACAGUGAAAGAAAAUAAUCAGAAGAAUACCAAGAGUCCUUCUUUCACGAUGACCUCCGAAGGAGUAGCUGCUGCUGUGUUUGCAACUGUGGGCCCAGGUAAGAUGAUAUCUGGCCAGUCAGCUGAAGAUGAAAAUAGGUUGAGUAAUUCGGGCUGUGCUAUUAAAAUAAACCAUGUUGUCAAUGAGGGAAUGCUGGCUGUAGAUCCUCUGUCAGUCCUUCGGGGUGCUGCUGAGGCUCCUGCAGAAUUGCAGGGGGUAGCACACACAGUCAUGUCUGUGGCACAACUGACGACAAAAUACAAUGCUGCUGGUGGAGUCGAGCUUCAGGGUAGAGCAAUGGGAGGCUCGGGCUCAAGUGUGGGGAGCCCCACUGGAAACAGAGGCCGGCCUAACCAGGAACAAUGUGAUUCUAGCUUGUCGUCAGACAACCUCAAGCCAUGCCACUCGCAAACAGAUGGAGAUGUACGCUGGAACCUCGAGAUUCAACCCUCGGUCUUGGGUGAAGGGAUCAAAAACCCAACCGAAGAAAAAUCUUCAAUUGGUACGUCAUCGACGUUCAAACGUGCAGUAGUGGAAGACAUUUGCUUGAAGAAAAAGCACCAUGUCAGCUGUGAGGAUAAGCACAACCACGUCUGUCAUCCCGAACAGUGUUCUCCGCAGACUCCACUCUUCCACGUUGAAGAUGCCUGUCGAUCUUCAGCUUUUACUAGUGCAUCACACACGUUACUGCAAUUUCCAAAGGACUGCAUUGUAGAGGGUGUGCACAACCAUAACCAUGCUUGUCCAGGCGUGCGAUCCACAGAGGCAGGGUUAGGCGUAGACCAAAGAAAGCUGAAGGUGAAACCACUGACUGAAUGGUUUGUUGCAGGCCAUUUGGUCAACCGCUUUCCUCUGAGGCCUUCAGUCAGCCAUUUUGAUGAUUCGGAUGAUGCCUGUGAUGAGGGAAUGGAAGAUGAGUUUAACCGUAACAAAAAGGAGCGGUCCACGUUACUGUUUAGACGAUACAACAAGAAUAACAGGGAAGUGAAGAAAUCUGUUUACACGGGAUCUAAAGCACGCACGAGGAGAUUACCGUCGGGACGCAUUGGCGUGACGGCGAGCAAGUCUGUCAGACAAAAGAGAAAUGCUAGCCACCAUGUGAAAGUUCCCAGAGUUCUCAAUGAGAAGCACAUGAUAUGCCAAGCUCUGCUGAUGGCGGAUAUGUGGACCAGACCCAGCAGAUACAAGAUUCAUUGUACACUGAAGGGAGCAGGGACUGUAGAAUCACACCACCACCUUCUGCAUCCUUCGAGAAAGAUAUUGGCUUCGACAAUCACCAUUGCAAGCUGGGGAGGAGGAGCUUGCCUCAAACUAUGUACUGAUAAUCUUGCGCCUAAGAUACGUGCCACCUUCUACAGGACCUGUGUCUCUGACCACGUGGCUGGUGCUCUGCUUGAAGCAACUGCAGUCACUGCGACAAGGAACACACUGCUGAGUCCUACAGGGGUGCCCGCAGGCAGAGCAAUGCUUAAAGAGCGGCAGCUGUGCAUCACAAUGGCUGGCUCAAGCACUCUGCCAUCUAACGUGGCUGGCAUAAGCAAAGAGCUGGCCGACCUUCGACACCUGAUCCAGUUCCCUGAAGAGAUCGCCAGCAUUGUGACUGAACAGGAGCAGGAACUCUAUCGCAAAGUCUUACCGCUUGACUACCUCUGCUUUCUGACCAGGGAUUUGGUAAAUCCCAGUUGUCCCAGCAGACCAUCGCCCCUCAAGAUCACCACCUCGGCACCAGCCCUCGAUGGCAACAGCAAGGAGCACAAUGCAAUUGAAGACCUGGUGGCACGGUUUAAUGAGGUGAGCUCCUGGGUUACAUGGCUGAUCCUUACUGCUGGCUCCAUGGAAGAGAAGAGGGAAGUGUUCUCGUACUUGGUCCAUGUGGCCAAGUGCUGCUGGAACAUGGGGAAUUACAACGCCGUGAUGGAAUUCUUGGCAGGCCUCAGGUCCAGGAAGGUUUUGAAGAUGUGGCAGUUCAUGGACCAGUCUGACAUUGAAACGAUGAGAAGUCUCAAAGAUGCGAUGGCACAACAUGAAUCAUCGGCUGAGUACCGGAGAGUGGUGAGCCGGGCUCUGCAUAUCCCCGGCUGCAAAGUGGUCCCCUUUUGCGGGGUCUUUCUGAAGGAGUUGUGUGAUGCCCUGGACGGGGCAGCCACGUUGAUGAAAUUCCACUCGCGCUGCGAUUCUCAGGAGGACACCUUUGAGUUUAUUGCAGACUACAGUGGCCAGGAACACUUUUUGCAGCGAAUUGGAAAAGACGGACUGAAUAAUUCGGAGAAGGAGUCCACAGUGAAUAACAUUCUGCAGACCAUUCGAAGCUGUAACCGGAGCCUGGAGUGUGAUGAAGGAGAGGAAAGUGGUGGCGAUGGCUGCACUUUAAGGAAGAACUCAUUCAGAGACAGAAGCAAAUAUCAGUUCAUUGUUGGCGAUGUGUCGGAUUCAGAGAGUGACUCCCUUGAACAGUCCAGCGAGUGGGAGCUGGGCGGAGCGGAGGACCAGCAGAAGGCAUUUAGUCAUGAAACGGAGCUCAUUCCAUGGUAUGUGUUGUCCAUCAGAGCCGACGUCCACCAGUUCCUCCUGCAAGGGUCCACCGUCAUACAUUAUGACUCGGAGACUCACUUGUCAGCACGUUGCGUCCUCAAGCUGGAAGCUGACAACUGUACUUUGACUUGGUCAAAACCACCCACAGCCAGCUCGACCAACGGCAAGGUGAAAAACCUGGUACCCGGCAGUGCCACGGACCUUGGUAGCACCAAGUUCCAACUGUACGGGCACAUCGCACUAAACGGACUAGUGGAAGGUUUCUUGGACUUGUCGGUGGUGAAAGCUGUCUACAUGGGACAUUCCGGAGUUGACCUCAACACUGUCUGCAUUCAGAACAAGCUGUCUCACAUGGCCCUGGAGGACAACUGCAUCACACUGCUGUAUGGGGUCCAUACAACGGACAACCGCCUGCUGCAUUUUGUGGCUCCAAAGUACACUGCUAAGAUGGUACACGACGGAUUGCAAGAAUUAGUGACGGCUGUGAGGAAAAUGAAGCGCUUUCCCGACCAGAGGCUGCAGUGGCUGAGGAAGCAGUAUGUUAGCCUGUAUCAGGAGGAAGGCAAAUUUGAGGGGCCAACACUCGCUCAGGUUAUUGAACUCUUUGGGGGCAGGCGAUGGAUCACAAGAAACACAGCGACAGCAACAUUGAACAGAAACACCGAAAAAUCCAACCUGCAGCGUAACAACACCCUGGGGGUGAACACAGCCAAAAAGAUAAAGAAGUCGCUCACCAGGGGGGAUAGCGGUGAGGUCACUGACGAGGAGACCAGCACACGCAAAGCUCGAAGCUGCAAAGAGUCUCGGAGCAGGAGUGGGUCUGACCCAGCAGACAUCGACGAACAGGAAGAAUCGGAUGCGAGCGUCACAAUGGCUUCUCCUGGUUCCUGUACGUUUCCAACCAGAGUCCGUUCUCUCACCACCCCGUCCUCCACCAUGUUAGGCCCUCCGGCAUCCACACCAGUGAGACCUGCCUCCUCUCCAGUUCUUUCCACUGUCAGCAAGACCAAAACCAGCACAAGAGCGAGUAACAGCUGGCAUGGUCGAGUCAAAGGUGGGCUGAAGGGAUUUCAGGACUUCAUGGUCUCUGAUAGCAACAUGAGUUUCGUUGAGUUUGUCGAACUCUUCAAAUCAUUCAGUGUACGAAGCCGGAAGGACCUGAAGGAUCUGUUUGACGUUUACUCUGUGUCGUGCAGCCGGUCCGGCUCGGAUUCUACCCCACUCUACACAAACCUGACGAUAGAUGACAACAUCACCGUUCUGCAGCCUGACCUAGAUCUUUUGACGAGAAACGUGUCGGAUCUCGGUCUGUUUAUCAAGAGUCGACAGCAAAUAUCAGAUAAUCAGAGACAGAUUUCGGACUACAUUGCCGCUACCAGCAUAGUGACCAAUCGAGUGGAAAUCGCUUCCCUGGGAGAGAGUGAAAUGGGAAUUCCGCAACUCAAUGAUUUCCUGGUGAACUGUCAAGGGGAAAAUCACACCCAUGAUGAAGUUCUCAGCAUUAUACAGAAAUUUGAGCCAUCUGCUAACAUGCGCCAGCAGGGACUGAUGUCAUUUGAAGGAUUUGCAAGGUUUCUAAUGGACAAGGAUAAUGUUGCUUCAAAGAAUGAUGAAUCCCAAGUUAAUGUUGAGGAUUUGCAGUAUCCAUUAUCAUACUAUUACAUCGAAUCCUCUCACAAUACCUACCUUACUGGGCAUCAGUUGAAGGGGGAAUCCUCCGUUGAACUUUACAGCCAGGUACUGUUGCAAGGAUGCCGGAGCGUUGAGCUGGAUUGUUGGGAUGGAGAUGAUGGCAUUCCGAUCAUAUAUCACGGGCACACCCUCACCACCAAGAUCCCAUUUAAGGAUGUCAUUGAAUCGGUCAACCGCAAUGCCUUUGUGAACUCUGAGAUGCCGGUGAUAUUGUCCAUUGAGAAUCAUUGCUCACUGCCUCAGCAGCGGAAGAUGGCAGAGAUAGUGAAGACUGUAUUUGGAGACAAGCUGGUGACAAAGUUUUUCUUUGAGAGCGAUUUUGCAGAUAAUCCAAUGCUCCCAUCUGUAUGGCAACUCAAAGGGAAAAUCCUCCUCAAAAACAAAAAGCUAAAAGCCCACCAGACGCCAGUGGAUAUACUGAAACAAAAGGCACAUCAGCUUGCAAACCUGCAAGCACAGUCUAGCAAUGGCAGUGCGAUUGCUCCCGGCACCUCCAACAAUGACGAGGAAGAGGAUGAAGAUGAUGAAUAUGACUAUGACUAUGAAUCUCUCUCUGAUGCUGAUGCCCUUAUUGCUUCCCACUCCUCUGCUGUGAAUGACCAUGAAGACAAUAUCCUCGAUGACCGGCCUGAAACCAAGCCUGCAAGUGAUAAAUUCCACUUUGAGUACACAGAAGAAACUCCACGCAGAAUUAAGAAAAUAUCAUCGGACGCAAUGUUGCUUAGCAAAGAAAAGACAAAGCAAAAAAGAUUUAUUGUUUACGACAUGGAACUGGGUGAAGAAUUCUACUUGCCCCAAAACAAGAAAGAAAGCAGACAAAUAGCACCUGAACUUUCCGACUUGAUCAUCUACUGUCAAGCUGUCAAGUUUACAGGCCUUUCCACUUUGAAUGCUGCUGGAUCAAACAGAGUCAAAGUGAAACCCAGCAGGAAAUCCAACAGAAUGAGCCCAGGGGAAUCGAUGACAUCAAUGAAGUCAUCUGGAAGAGCAGCCUCUUUUGAAGUGAUAAGAAAGAACUGUGAUGAACCACCUUCUCCUCCAUUCAAUCCAAGCACCUCUAUCAGCGCUAUCAUCAGAACACCCAAAUGCUAUCACAUAUCGUCAGUGAAUGAGAACACGGCCAAGCGACUGUGCAGACGGUAUUCGCAGGAGUUGAUCCAACACACGGUGUGUCAGUUGCUGCGGACCUAUCCGGCUGCCACCCGGAUUGACUCCUCCAACCCAUCGCCACUCUUGUACUGGCUCCACGGGAUACAGUUGGUGGCUCUCAAUUAUCAAACAGACGAUCUGCCAAUGCAUCUGAACGCAGCCAUGUUUGAGGCCAAUGGCGGAUGUGGUUAUGUGCUAAAAUCAUCCGUUUUAUGGGACAGAAACUGUCGCAUGAACAAUCAGUUUUCUCCUCUUGAACGGAUUGAGAACAUGAGCCCAUCCUUACAUUCCAUAACAAUUAUUUCUGGGCAGUACGUCUGUCCCAGCAACACGUCAGGGAACCCAUGUGUUGAGAUUGAUGUGCUGGGCAUGCCACAGGACUCCAGCCACUUCCGCACAAAACCCAUCCAUCGCAACACUCUCAACCCCAUGUGGAACGAGCAAUUCUUCUACCACGUUUACUUUGAAGACCUUGUUUUCAUUCGCUUCGCAGUGGUGGAAAACAACAGCUCCACCAUAACAGCACAAAGAGUGGUCCAAUUGAAAGCACUUAAAGCAGGAUACAGACAUCUACAACUAAGGAACUCCCACAAUGAACCUCUGGAGAUAUCCAGCCUCUUCAUUUACAGUCGUCGAAUGGAAGAAAACAACCCUGGAAAUUUACAGCUGGCAUCAGGGCUGUUUAAUACAGAAGAGCAAAGAUCUGCUAUGGUAUUCCGUGUAACAGUUUAUGGAGUUCCGGGUCGUGAACCAUUCAGCAUUUACACUGUCCAGGAGAAGACCACGGCCAGGCAGUUAAUAUCCAAAAUUGUAGGCACAGCAGGUGGAUCAGAGACCGGCAUCGCUGACUACUUCCUUAUGGAAGAGAAAACCACCCUUUCUAAAGAGAAGAAUGAACAGAAGAAACAGCCAUUCCAGAGAAUCAUAAGUCCAGAGGAGGAAAUACUAAAAAUUCCACAAUGUUGGCUACCGGAGGAAGGAUUUAUGGGGAAAAUUAUCUUUAAAACCAAAGAAGAGCAGGAGCUAAUUCAAAGGAACUCCAUGAAUGAAAAGCCUGAAGACGUGGGUUUCAGCAGCAGCCCAACAGAGGAUGACAGCUUCUUGGUCCAGGUGCAUGAUGUCUCGCCAGAACAGCCUCGUACAGUCAUCAGGGCUUCAAAGUUCAGUACCACCCAAGACAUUAUUCUGCAGGCAUUGAGUAAAGCCAAAUAUUCCUACAGCAUCCUGAACAACCCAAAUCCCAGUGAUUAUGUGCUUGUCGAGGAAGUCACAAGAGAGCCAUUGAACAAGAAGUCUUCCAUGACAAAACCAACUCUUCGGAUUCUUUCUGAGAACGAGUAUGUGUUUGUGGCCCAGAACAGGUGGAAAGGAGCAGGAAAAUUCAUCCUGAAGCUGAAAGAGCAAGUGCAGGCUGUACAGGAAAAGAAGAAAGGUCUUUCUUUUACCAACGAAUUGAAGAGAUUAGCGAAAUCAAGCAAAACGAACCGCAGUUUCUCGAUGCCACUGCAGCCGACCCCCCCAGAGAGCAGCCAGAGUAAGGAUGAAAAAGCUGCAUGCAGCAUGUCCUUUGCAGAGAUCACCGAGUAAAGCCUGCUGCAUGAAGGCACGCAGCAGCAGCAUGUGAUGGCCCAGGCUCGUUUCAAGUUGACUUUAUUUAAUACAACGAUGUCAUGAUGAAGCACAGAAAUUUUUAGCCAGUGCUGGAGAAGACCAAAAACAAUACCAUGUCUGUCCCUCCCCCUGGAUCCUGGUUUAUAGCCCUUCUGAAAAAACUGGAAAUAAUGACACACAUAACUUUUUAAAGGUAACGAAAUCCACUCUUUGGAAUGAAACACAUCACCCGGAAAUGUUCGCACACAUACACACACACAGAAGAAUGAGCCAGCAACAGGUUCCAAACAAGCAGGCUUGUUUAAGUGUAUAUUGUUCCAGCAAGAACGUGUGUGUGUGAACAGAUAGCCACGACUACUGUUGGGGAUUAUUCAGACACACUUGUCAUGAAGACUUCAUUUAUACUCGGUAUGAAGAUAUGCAGGUGCCCAACUUUGAGAUUUUUUUUUUAAACGUGAGUGUAACAGUUUAUGCACUUUUAAAAACCACUUAUUUUAUUAGUUAUUUGAAGUAUUUGCAGGUUUUAAUGGUUCCUAUAUUUAAUAUGAACCUGGAUCAUGCUGAAGCCAGCAUUUUAGUACAUUGCGCUGAAAUGUCCCAAAUUGUUCGUUUUAGUUGAUGUUUACAAAGUAUUCACGUUCUGAUUUAGAGAAUAAUUCCUUGUAGAAUAUGUUGGAUUCAUACAUAAAAUGUGAUAAAAAGCAGUGUUCACAGAGAUGUUGAUGAAUAUUUUUACUGGAGUAAAAAAUCAUGUAAAUUUCUAGCUAUACAAAAAUGUGCUAUGAUUGUAUUAAUAUAAUUACUAGGUGGAAUUAUUUAUUUAAGCAGAGAUUUAACACUGUUUGCAGUUAAAUUUACUACAUUCGCCUGUUAAGUUUCAGGUGAUAUAACACAACUUGUAUUUUUUUUUAAUUUUCAAUUGCUUCACUUUCCUCACGCACAUCUGAUAAUAUAUGCAUUUUAAUUUUCCUUGUAUUAAAAUUGAAACCAAACAGUAAAUUAAGUGCCGAGUCAAUUUCUUUAAUUUUCUGACCCGCUGAGUUACUCCAGUUUUUUGUGUCACCUUUUUUGCAUUGGUAUGUACUAUUAGUAAAGAGACAACUAUUUUUAAAGUGUAAUUUUGAAACGAAGGACAUUUAUUGAAUGGAACUGCGGCAAAGACAAGUCAAAAUCAGCAACUGGACUGAUUGUGGUAAAUGAACCAAAUAGGAGGCUACUGAAGGCGACCAAAACAGCAGCCCCUGGAGUAGCAGAACACACUAAAUAAAAUCGAUCCUAAAAUGCCACCAGCUGUCACAGUAUAUAUGUGCCAGACUAAUUAUCAACACUGAAGUUCCAACAAGAAAAGGCAAACGCUGGAAUCAUGGAUAUGACAAUAUGACGAUGUACAAUUUUGAUAAUGUAUUUAAGUUGUUGAAAUGCUUAAAGAUAAAAUCUGUGAACUCUAAUCAGCUAUUUCUAAGUGGGUAGUUAAAAGUUGAAUCUUAUCCUUAUUACAUUCUCUCUAUUUCAGCUGUCGAUUGUAUUUUCCAUUUCCUUUUUGUCACUACAUCCCUCCUUUUUCUUGUUUAACAACAAUUGAGAAUUUCUUUACUAGAAAGCCCACUUAAAACUGGCCAUUUUAAAUGUAAUCAACAGAGCUAAUUAGUCAAGGUAGUUUAGAUUGAAACCUUAAACGGAUGCAUCACUCCACACAAUUUAGUUUCAGAGGUGGAGUAGUAACUGCUUUUGAUACAAUCCCGCCCAUCUGCUUGAGCUCAAAUACAUUCUGCCUGGAAGGUGAAGUCACUUAGUGACAUUUCACAGGCAAUAGUUAUCCACUAUCUCACUAUCCAGUAGGGCAAAAAUAAGUCCUAGUCUGGAAAGUUGUUUCUAUUCAUUGGGAUUACAUUGAACAUUUUGGUUAUUUAUUAACUUCCCUAUUUAAUUUUUGUACAAAUGAAUUGAAAUCUCACUGGUAUAGUAUUAUAACCAAAAUUGUAAAGUUGGUGUUAUCUUAACAGGUUAAUUUUCUAAAGGGCAAGCUGUUGAAUUGUAUGAAUGAAUUGACGUCGGUGUAAUAUCACUCUGAUUUGAUCAGUGUGUUCCUAUCUGAUAUUCAUUGAAGAUUUAUCUUUUUCAGCAAUGGCGGGCUUCCGCCAUAACACAUUAGAUAAAUAGCACCCCUUCCAAAAAGUAUUAAUUACAUUUCAGUAAUGCUAAAUAGUUUAAAUAAAAUCAAUUAAAGUCAGUUAAACUAACUUGUACUCUUACACAUAUCAAAUGAAGACAUCUCAUGUACAACAAAUAUUGUGUCAUCAAUUGAUUUCAGGUCUGUGCCUGGUUUCAUCAGAUUAGUUCAACUGAAUUUUUUUUGGAGAAUGACAGAAAUAUGGUCUUAAGUUAUGUAAAUACCACAAUUCAACCGCCUCAUGCAUUUUCCCCACAUAAUGUAGUAAAUAAUAUCAGGUUGAACUAUUAGGUAAGUACUGAAUAAAUAAUUAUUUUUGCAAAUUUUCUGAAAUGCAUCAUUUGCCUAUUAAACUUUAUGUGUUUCAUUCUAUCAAUAUGAAACGGUCAAAUUGCAAUUACUGAAGGUAUUGGUAUUUUUAUAAUGUAAUGUUGAGUGUUGAAGCACUGGCUCAGAAUUCAUGGUGUUACCAAGCCAUUUUAGAACAUCAAACUGUUAGCAACUACAGGUGUAUAAUUGUUCUCAUCCACAGUUGUAAGUGGCAAACAGAUUUGAUGUGAAAUUGAACUAAACACGCUCAUUGUAAAACUAAUUGAAAAUAUCAGGUCUUGCUUUGAUCAAGAUAUUUUUUAAUAUCAUUAAAAUUGCAACCAUAAUUACUGCCUGACCCUAGAAGUGUAUUAUGAUUGUGGAGCACCAUCAUCUUCAUCAAUAAUAUUUCAUCAUCCACUUCAAAUAUUGGGAGCACUUUGCUUUUUACAGUUAAAUGUCAUAACGUUUAUUAUUUGAAAAUUAAAUCUGCCAGACUCAAAUUCACUUUAGAAGGGGGGGGAACCAACACCAUACUGUAGGCUCUAUCAUAAUGGGCAGUAUUCUUUAAGAUCAACAGUGAACAUUGUUCCUUUGCUGCCAACCAUGAAACCUGAGCCACUGUGGCAAAAAAAGUCGUGUUUUAAUACAAAUCAUGAGUUUGCAUUAGUUUUGAAUGUGUGAUAUUGAUCUAUAACAGACUGAAAAUUAAUGUUGAGUGGAUCAGAAUAAAUAUUACAUUGUUUUGUCUUUGAUAUGAUUAUGUAUUUAAAACCAUGUUACUUUGCACAAUGCCAGUCUCAGUUCAUGUGGCUCUGGAUUUAAUUAUUUCACACACACAUCUCCCUCAUCCAGUUCACAGGGAAUAGAAUAUCAUUGCGAAACAUGUCCUGACUCUUAUGGGGCUUUCUCACGGGGCGACUUGACGCAAGAGGUAACCAGAGUUGAACAUUGUGGGAACCUCGUACGAUAACCGUACGGCAUUCGUGGACCACCGUGGCGCUAACGGCAGGUACUCGUGUAACUUGUUGACUCGGGAGAAAAUUCAAGCAAGCUUGAAUUUCUCCAAGAGUGACUUGUACACUUGUGGUUGAACAUUGAAACAUUAUAUGGACGUAGUGGCCAGUGCGAUAUCCGUAAUAACUCUUGCGUUUACCGUGGGAACUCCUGCGAACGGUGAACCCGGAAGCUGGACAGAGGGGACAGAAGGUGAGUAAAAAAGGUGGUCUCAAUAUCGCCAAUGGAACAUGUGUCCAUCAAGGACGUCCCACCUCAUUGUCAUUGUUGGAGAAUCUUUUUCACUGGAACACUUGCAGAGAUGGCUCCCAGAAAAGCUCAAAGAAAGCGGGUGAAGCAUGUCGGAAAGGUUUUUGCCAUGCAGGAGAAUGAGGAGGAGACGCAG